UCCACCUCCUCCACUCCCGGUCCUGCGUGAUCUCGCGUGAAGUGGGGAGUAUCUUCUCGCGAGAGCUAGGUCGGGAUCCCUCCAGGUCCGCCUCCGUGGUGAGGAGGAGGAGGAGGAGGAGGCGGAGGGAGGAGGAGGAGGCCCCGCCGCGGCCUUCGCCGCCGCCAACGGGGCUGUCCCUGUAGCUCCCGAUGGAGUUUGAGGUCGUGAAACCGCCGCCGAGCUCUGCCCCGGCGAGACGAGGCGCCUCCGUCGCCGAGCCGCGCCGUCGCGGGGCUCCCGGGAGCGGCCCUUAGUGACCCCGCCCGGGCCCCCUCAGCUUACAAAACACUACACAGCAAAAUAAUGAUCUGCUAGACUGCUAACCCGAGCAUCCAGCUUCCACAAUGCCUGUGCAGGCAGCUCAGUGGACAGAAUUUCUGUCCUGUCCAAUCUGCUAUAAUGAAUUUGAUGAGAAUGUGCACAAACCCAUCAGUUUAGGUUGUUCACACACUGUUUGCAAGACCUGCUUGAAUAAACUUCACCGAAAAGCUUGUCCUUUUGACCAGACUGCCAUCAACACAGACAUUGAUGUGCUUCCUGUCAACUUUGCACUUCUCCAGUUAGUCGGAGCCCAGGUACCAGAUCAUCAGUCAAUAAAGUUAAGUAAUCUAGGUGAGAACAAACACUAUGAGGUUGCAAAGAAAUGUGUUGAGGAUUUGGCACUCUACUUAAAACCACUAAGUGGAGGUAAAGGUGUAGCUAGUUUGAACCAGAGUGCACUGAGCCGUCCAAUGCAAAGGAAACUGGUGACACUUGUAAACUGUCAACUGGUGGAGGAAGAAGGUCGUGUGAGAGCCAUGCGAGCAGCCCGCUCACUUGGAGAAAGAACUGUAACGGAACUAAUAUUACAGCACCAGAACCCUCAGCAAUUGUCUGCCAACCUAUGGGCUGCUGUCAGGGCUCGAGGAUGCCAGUUUCUAGGGCCAGCUAUGCAAGAAGAGGCCUUGAAGCUGGUGUUGCUGGCAUUAGAAGAUGGUUCUGCUCUCUCAAGGAAAGUUCUGGUACUUUUUGUUGUGCAAAGACUAGAACCAAGAUUUCCUCAGGCAUCAAAAACAAGUAUUGGUCAUGUUGUGCAACUACUGUAUCGAGCUUCUUGUUUUAAGGUUACUAAAAGGGAUGAAGACUCUUCCCUGAUGCAGCUAAAGGAGGAAUUUCGGAGUUAUGAGGCAUUACGCAGAGAACAUGAUGCCCAAAUUGUUCAUAUUGCUAUGGAGGCAGGACUCCGUAUUUCACCUGAGCAGUGGUCCUCUCUUCUAUAUGGUGAUUUGGCACAUAAAUCACACAUGCAGUCUAUCAUUGAUAAGCUGCAGUCUCCAGAAUCAUUUGCAAAGAGUGUCCAGGAAUUGACAAUUGUUUUGCAGCGAACAGGUGACCCAGCUAACUUAAAUAGACUGAGACCUCAUUUAGAGCUUCUUGCAAACAUAGACCCUAAUCCAGAUGCUGUUUCACCAACUUGGGAGCAGCUAGAAAAUGCAAUGGUAGCCGUUAAAACAGUGGUUCAUGGCCUUGUGGACUUCAUACAGAAUUAUAGCAGAAAAGGCCAUGAGACACCUCAGCCUCAGCCAAACAGCAAAUAUAAGACUAGCAUGUGCCGAGAUCUGCGACAACAAGGGGGGUGUCCACGAGGAACAAAUUGUACUUUUGCCCAUUCUCAGGAAGAGCUUGAAAAGUAUCGAUUAAGGAACAAAAAGAUCAAUGCAACUGUAAGAACAUUUCCUCUUCUAAAUAAAGUUGGUGUAAACAACACUGUCACAACCACAGCCGGAAAUGUCAUUUCUGUCAUAGGAAGUACUGAAACAACGGGGAAAAUUGUUCCAAGUACAAACGGAAUUUCAAAUGCAGAAAACAGUGUUUCCCAGCUAAUCCCACGUAGUACUGACAGUACAUUAAGAGCUCUGGAGACUGUGAAGAAAGUGGGGAAGGUUGGCACUAAUGGUCAGAAUGCUGCUGGGCCUUCUGCAGAGUCUGUAACUGAAAGUAAAAUUGGUUCUCCACCCAAGACUCCUGUAAGUAAUGUAGCGGCUACCUCAGCUGGGCCCUCUAAUGUUGGAACAGAGCUGAAUUCUGUGCCUCCAAAAUCCAGCCCGUUUAUAACUAGAGUACCGGUAUAUCCUCAGCAUUCUGAAAACAUUCAGUAUUUUCAAGAUCCAAGGACUCAGAUACCCUUUGAAGUCCCACAGUACCCACAGACGGGAUACUACCCACCACCUCCAACGGUACCAGCUGGCGUGGCUCCCUGUGUUCCUCGCUUUGUGAGGUCCAAUAAUGUUCCAGAGUCCUCUCUCCCACCUGCUUCCAUGCCAUAUGCCGAUCAUUACAGUACAUUUUCCCCUCGAGAUCGAAUGAAUUCUUCUCCUUACCAACCUCCUCCUCCGCAGCCGUAUGGACCAGUUCCUCCAGUACCUUCUGGAAUGUAUGCUCCUGUGUACGACAGCAGGCGCAUCUGGCGCCCACCUAUGUACCAACGAGAUGACAUUAUUAGAAGCAAUUCUUUACCUCCAAUGGAUGUGAUGCACUCGUCUGUCUAUCAGACAUCUUUGCGAGAAAGAUAUAACUCAUUAGAUGGGUAUUAUUCAGUGGCUUGUCAGCCACCAAGUGAACCAAGGACAACCGUGCCUUUACCAAGGGAACCUUGUGGUCAUUUGAAGACCAGUUGCGAGGAGCAGAUAAGAAGAAAGCCAGAGCAGUGGGCACAGUACCACACUCAGAAAGCACCUCUUGUCUCUUCAACUCUUCCUGUGGCAACACAGUCACCAACACCACCUUCUCCUCUAUUCAGUGUAGACUUUCGCGCUGAUUUCUCUGAGAGUGUGAGUGGUACAAAAUUUGAAGAAGAUCAUCUUUCCCAUUAUUCUCCCUGGUCUUGUGGCACCAUAGGUUCCUGUAUAAAUGCCAUCGAUUCAGAGCCCAGAGAUGUAAUUGCUAAUUCAAAUGCUGUGUUAAUGGACCUGGACAGUGGAGAUGUUAAGAGAAGAGUACAUUUAUUUGAAACUCAGAGAAGGACAAAAGAAGAAGACCCGAUAAUUCCUUUUAGUGAUGGACCUAUUAUCUCAAAAUGGGGUGCAAUUUCCAGAUCUUCCCGUACAGGUUACCAUACCACGGAUCCUGUCCAGGCCACUGCUUCCCAAGGAAGUGCAACUAAGCCCAUCAGUGUAUCAGAUUAUGUCCCUUACGUCAAUGCUGUUGAUUCAAGGUGGAGUUCAUAUGGUAACGAGGCCACAUCAUCAGCGCACUAUAUUGAACGGGACAGAUUCAUCGUUACUGAUUUAUCUGGUCAUAGAAAGCAUUCCAGUACUGGAGACCUUUUGAGCAUUGAACUUCAGCAGGCUAAGAGUAACUCCUUGCUUCUUCAGAGGGAGGCCAAUGCUCUGGCCAUGCAACAGAAAUGGAAUUCCCUGGAUGAAGGCCGUCACCUUACCUUAAAUCUUCUGAGCAAGGAAAUUGAACUGAGAAAUGGAGAGAGUGAUUAUACAGAAGAUGCAACUGAUACUAAGCCUGAUAGGGAUAUUGAGUUAGAGCUUUCAGCCCUUGAUACUGAUGAACCUGAUGGACAAGGUGAACAAAUUGAAGAGAUCCUGGACAUACAGCUUGGUAUCAGUUCUCAAAAUGAUCAGUUGCUAAAUGGAACAGCAGUGGAAAAUGGGCAUACAGUCCAACAGCACCAAAAGGAGCCACUGGAGCAGAAGAGGCAGAGUUUAGGUGAAGACCAUGUGAUUCUGGAGGAGCAGAAAACAAUUCUGCCGGUAACUUCUUGCUUUAGCCAGCCACUCCCAGUGUCCAUUAGCAAUGCAAGUUGCCUCCCCAUCACCACAUCUGUCAGUGUUGGCAACCUCAUUCUGAAAACUCAUGUUAUGUCUGAAGAUAAAAACGACUUUUUAAAACCUGUUGCAAAUGGGAAGAUGGUUAACAGCUGAAAGGAGGUUCAUCUUUCAAAUUUGUGACCAUACCAUGGAAGCAUUUACACUAGCUUUUUAUAUAUAUAAUAUAUAUUAUAUAAUGUAUAUUUUUUUUAAAAAAAAGAUAUUACUGGGGGCAUCCAUUUCCUGUGGACUCUUUGAUACUUCAAGCCCUCUUGCAUUAGCAUUAUGAAAAAAAAGAAAAUUUACUUUACUAGGGUAACACGUUCACUUUCCAGAAGUGAUUGGAAUUUGGACAUUUAACUUAAGCUUCAAGCAGCUUUUUAUGAGUUUGUAGCAAUCCGGUGCAGUAACUGAGCCAUUUCCUAUUUUAAAUGGCUUCUAUAGAAAAUUAACAACUCAGUUAUUAAACUAGCAGGAUCCUACAAUGAUACAUCUAGUGAAAGUAGACUUAAUUAACUUAUUUAUUUCUAUUUUUUUGUUUCACUGAGAGAAAUUUCCAUCUCAUUCCAGCUGCUUUAUUUAUCUUUUUCAUGGAACUUUGCAUGGAUUUUUUUUCUUUAUUUUUUUUUUUUUUUUACUUUGAAGAGUGGAGUUAGACGUUCUUAUCAUAGAAUUUUACAGGGUUAUAUACUAGCUUUCUUUACUGCAUUAUAUGUAGGAGUGUGGUGCAGUGCUUUUAUCUGUAGCAUUUAAAUUUUUUUUAAUUUUCCAUUUUUUCAAGAAUAG